UUUUUUCUCGUUCUUGUUGUUGUUGUUCUUUCUCCUCUGUUUUUUCCUCUUAGUACCCACAUUUCCCCCAAUCAAAGAUGGUGUCACUACAGCUUGUGGUGUUACAAACUUUAUUAUGUUCACUGGUAUACAAAGUGGAUGCCGAAACAAAUACACGCAAAGCAACCCUGAAAUCCAUUCAUGUAAUCAGUGAUAUUAAAUAUCGAUUUGCUACCACACAAGUGUCCAUGAAGUAUUAUAAUCCAUCCAACUCUGCUGUCCUAGCAGACUUACAUGUAAACAUGCCUUACAAUUCAUUUAUAUCAAAUUUUUCUAUGGAAAUUGAUGGAAAUGUGACUGUGGGAGAAGUAAAAGAAAAAUCGAUUGCUAAGGAUUUUUAUGAACAUGCCAUUGAAACAGGGCAAAGUGCUGGCUAUGUUGAAGUCAAACACCGCUUCACAAAUGUCUUUGAUAUAUCUGUUAAUGUUGAACCACAAAAGUAUGUAGUUUACAACUUGACUUAUCAAGAACUUCUGACACGACAGAACAAUAAAUACAGGAACGUCAUUCAUUUGUCCAAUGGUGGAAUUAUUGAUGACUUUUUAGUCGAAGUCUUCAUUACAGAACCCCAAGACAUUAUUGAUUUAUCUGUUCCAAAAAUUAAAGAUGAUAAAUUAACGAAUAUUACUGAUGAUGGAGGGCUGGAGUCUGCUUUAAUUGAGUACAUCAGCAGUAGAGAGGUUUACAUCAAAUACAACCCAAGUCGUAAACAACAAGAGGAAAUAUCAGAGAAAGAUGGCGUUGAAGGUUUACUCAGAGUGGAAUAUGACGUGGAUCGUCAAAAUAAUCCAAAUCUAAUAUAUGCAGUUGAUGGCUACUUUGUGCACUUCUUCACUCCUGAUUCGUUACCAAGUCUUCCAAAACAUAUUAUAUUUAUGCUUGAUGUCAGCGGAUCAAUGUCUGGUCGUAAAAUUGAACAAUUGAAAGAAGCUAUGGAGAAUAUCCUUGACAAGCUCGAUCCCGAGCUGGAUACAUUUCUCAUUGGGAAAUUCAGUAAUAAAGUCUCAUGGAUGAUGGAAACAUUUUUAACAGCAAACGAAACUAAUAAACAAUUAGGUAAAAAUUAUAUUCAGAAACUUGCUGCACUUGGAGGUACAAAUAUUAACGCUGCUCUCCUUGAAAGUAUAGAGAAACAUAAAUCUGCUUUAUCCACCACAAAGAAAAGUAUCAUCAUAUUUCUUACUGACGGCCAAGCAACUUCAGGAAUUAAGAUCGGUGAACUUAUCAAGAAAAAUGUAAAAGAAGCCAACAAAAAUGUGUCGCUAUUUACCCUUGGUUUCGGAGAAGAUUGCGACAGUAAAUUUCUUCGUGAGAUUGCUACAGAAAAUGGAGGCUUUAGUAGGAAGAUCUACGUUGACUCUGACAGUAGACUUCAAAUUGAAAAUCUUUAUAAGGAAAUAUCUAACAUUUUAUUAAAGGAUAUUACGUUUGUUUACUUAGAUGGUGCUGUUAAAACUAGUUCUACGUCAUUUAGCAGCUACUUCAAAGGAUCAGAAUUAGUUGUUUCCGGUGUUUUGACGCAAGAAUACCGACCAACUAUAAAUGUGAGUUUAACAAUGACAAACCGCUGGGGGUUUGAUAACGAAAUAUUAGAACUAGACUUAUAUGGAGAUAACUUUACCAUAUACGAUGAUGGUUUUUCGCAAAAUUCCAGUUUGACUAAUAUUCAAUCAUUUUCUGAAAUUACCGAAAAGACUUAUGCUUAUCUCACUCUGAGACAACUUCUCAAAGAAGAUAGAACUACAAAAGUGAGAAAAGAUAUUCUUGAUCUGGCACUCAAGUAUAAAUUUGUUACACCAUUAACGUCAAUGGUUGUCACCAAAUCCAGAAUUAACGAGAAACUUUUCGAAGAAGAUGAACUUCAAGAUUUUAUACCAACAAUUGCAGCUUUAGAUAUGGGAAGGGUUAUGCCAAUAUUACGUCUUCAGAGAUUAACUCCUCGGAAACUCAAGAAAGCAAAGUCAAGCAUAAUGCUGCAUAAAAGAAUACGUCCUACCUCGCCACCCUUGACUUCUUCAGGAAAAGAAAUGAAGGAUACUUUACCAAAUAUUCCAGGUAUCUUCAUCAAGCCAUUCUCUUGUAGUAACAACCUCUGUCUCAGACACCAUGUUUCCUGUCAAGUAUCGACCAGGAUUCUACUGUUGGCCAACUUUCAAGCAAAUUUAUUUGUUCAUGCAUUUGUGAAGAGAAGUGCACAGAGCAACUGCCUGGAUACCAUCAACCGCGUGAUCUUAAAGAGGAAGCGUCGUCUUCUGUUUGAAGUAACUGCCGAUAGAUUGGUGAAGAAUGGUAAAGAAGUAGACAUCUCUAACAGAACUGAAAUCAACCUUAAUCUCAAGAAUUUCCUGUCAUUGAAAGUAUUCAAGACAAAGAAGGCAGCAUCUUCUGAAACCUUUCUCUCACUUCACUUUACCACUCUGAAGAAGAUAACAAGGGCAAGAGGCAUUCUGAAAAAAUAUAUUGCCAAAUCUGCCUGUCCACAUGAUGUGAAGAAUGUUUUACCAAAGUUCAAAGUGAACACCAAUAAUCCAGAGCUUAAGCAAUGUUACUUCACAACUUAAUUACUAUUGCUUAGACUCUCCAAAAAUAUUUCAUCUACAUAUUUGAGGAACAAAUAAGCUUGUGUGCAAAACGUCAACAAAAUGGAAAAGACAUUUUGUUUUUAUUUGUCCUAAUUUUUAAAGUAAGUACUGCCUAGAUAAUCAAAUAUCCUCAAAUUAUUUUCGUAACCUUCAUAAAUAAAAUACAUUAAUCCAU